GCUCUACUACAUCUUCUACUGCCUUUUGCACAAAUUCUGCAUGUAGAGAGACAUGAUGUCUGAAUGAGUAAUAACAGAUGCUGAGAGAGAAAUCGUGAAGAUAAACUCGAUUAGUUCAGAGACGGCACAGAAUAUUUAAUUGAUUGUAUUUAGAAAUUAAUAUUUCUCAAUAUAUUAGAUAUAAGAUAUUACAUUUUAAUUUUCGUUACCUUUUUUAAAAAGGAAAACCAGAGGCUUUAGCCCUCACCGAUGGAAUUAUGGGCAGAGACGUGGCUUACUGUUGGGUCUCAAAUUCCCUUCCCACCCACUGGGGACAUUCCUGGGCGGCAGGAGAGCAAAUCUGGGAAUAGAAUAGACGUCGGGUGAAAAACAAAUGAUCUUGUUGUUAGCGAGUGUCUUGUAUUCCCAGAACUCUGAAGAAAUUCAAUGCAGUAUGGACUGGUCCAGAAGAAACCUCAAUAACUGCCACAUAAAUCCAGAAAACCAACAGUAUUCGGUGCCAGCUGUCUCGACUGCAGGACAUUCUUUGGCAAGUCGAGCCUCGUGCCAACCUCAGAACACGCCCGGUCAUGGGCAGAGAGCCGGGGAACAGAUGAAAAGCCAAGACAGGCUCAUUCAGAAUUUACUACAAGCAACAAGUUCUGAAGAGAUCCUAAAAAUCCAGCAGAAGGCUUUGGCGAAGUCCUCAAGCAAUCCGCAUCGGCAAGUUCCAAAAUCCCAAGCAUCUUCAGUGCCCUAUAAUGUUUCUGCUUCUACCCCAAACUACAGAGGAAAUCUGAAUUCUGUGCAUGUUUCCAGCUACAGAUACCAAAACAUUGGCAAUUCUGUUCAACAAGCAGCACUGCAGCCCCCGGCUGGACCACCCCAGGCUUCUGAUAAUCAGCCGAAUAAAUCCUACUGUGGGAAUGGGUCUUAUGUGUAUGCUCAGCCGGGAUCACAGCAGCCUGCAGCCAACUAUGAGAUGUAUGCUAAUGGCCAGAAUGUAAGGCACAUCCAGUUGCUCCAACAGCCUCAAAGGCAAAAUGUUCCUCAGGCUGCGUAUGACUUAAACAAUGCAGCAAUGCAGCAACAGCGAUGGAAUAAUGCAGCUCACUCCAACCUCAAAAACCCAAAAGACUGUGUUGGAGGGCAAAUGGUCUUCAGGCAAAAUAUCCAAAAUGGCCCCAUUAGUUUGUCGGAAAACGCCUUGGAAAGUCUUCAUGCAAAUGCAAGUUUACAGGUUCCAGCCUCUUAUGCUGCCGCUGUGGGUAAUCUUGGGAGCAAUGUGCGAAGUGACCAACUGUACACAAACCAAAGUGCCAACUACCAGUCAUCAAAUUAUCACAAAUCUGUCCCAAAUCCAACUGAACAAAGCACCAGUCCACCACAGGGCCAAGGCAGUGAGCCAGAUGCUUACUCGAACCCCAGUGCAUCGCAGAACAUUAGAGAGGCUAUUGUGGAAUAUUACAAAGUGAGACAUAUGUUGUUAACCCUUGCAAGAGAACAUAAACUCCAGUGGCAGCAUAUGCAGUUAUUAGCUCAGGGCCAGGCUGCAGCAAGAGCUCAAAAUGCACCUUCAGAUAUAAGUGCAGUGGGGCCCCAGAUGGUUUCUACCAAUGCCAUGUCACCACCGCUAGUCAGCAGUAGACAAACAACUCAACAAAUGGGGCUGCAGGCGGCAUCCGUUCCAUUCAGUAAUAACGCAUCGUCAUAUGUCAUGAGGCAAGAGCGUAACAGAAUUAACAUAACAAUAGCCCAGAAAACAGGUAAUCCCUUAGCUAACAGUGUUCCACAAGGCGUCAAUGCCAUGACUGUGAAUGUUCCUCAGCAAAGUGUCAAUGCCAUGGCUCUCAAUAUCCCUCAGCAAGGCGUCCAAGCCAUGGCUCUCAAUGCUCCUCAACAAGGCAGCAAUGUUCCUCAGCAAGGAGUCAAUACCAUGGCUCUCCGUUUUCCCCAGCAAGCAGGCAAUGCCAUAGCUCUCAUUGUUCCCCAGCAAGGCGGCAAUGCCUUGCCCAAAAGUGUCCCACAAAGUGUUAACACCUUGGCCAACAAGACAAGUUCUAACCACCAAGUCUAUCAAAUGGAUGGGAGAAACAGGCCUGAAGUAAACAACUACACAGUAUUUAAUGGAGGUCAGAUAAGUUCUGCUCACAGUUUAGUGGCCAGUCAAGCUCAAAGUUCGGAAAUUAGACAGAACUUAGACUGGUCCUUAAGAACCUCAUUGACUCCACAAAGAGCUGCUGUUACGGGAAAUUGUGAUGAUCUUUGUGGUGUUAAUGGCAGCCCCAAUACCCAAGUAUUGUUACAGAAAACACACCACUCAGGACCCCAGCAGUCCAUUGCGUCAAACCAGUCCAAUGCAAACAUGAACAUUUUACAGAAUAAUCUGCCAGGGUGUUCUGUAGCUCAGCAAAACUCCCUUUCUAGUCCUGUCUCUGAAUCUGGCCAUAAUUCAUCAACUGCCUUUAAUGCCAACUCAACCAAUAUUGUAGGUGGAUCACUAGAAGCCUUAGAAACGUGCUUAUCUCUGUGGAAAACCACAGUACAUAAUAUAUCUUCAAAUGAGCAAGGAACUGCAAGGCCGGACCAGAAAUUGUCUCCUUCAAAAGCUUCUGAGAGUGGAGUCAACCUCUCAAAUGACAUUUCCACUGCUCAUGUUGUAAAUGAAGGUGUAGCUAAUGAGGUUUCAGUCCAGAAGCAAGACACAUUGCCUCCUAAUCCGUUAAAAGGCACAGAACCUCAAAUUGCUAUUGUUUCUCCAUUAGUACAGGAAAAGUUAAACAGAUCUAAGGAACGGCAGCCCCCCAAAGAAUAUGAACAAUGUCCUGUAGUCCAGCAAGGUAGUGUUCACCGUUUAGAAGCCAAUACCAAGGAAAAGUUGGAGUCCUACUUCAUGGAUAUGGAAAACCUUGCUGAGAUCAAAGACAGUGAAUUCCUAGACAAGAUUAAAUCUUUAAAUGAUUUUGACUUUGUGAAGGCUGGAAUUCAGAAUAUGGAGACCCCGGCAAAGAGCUUAUCCCCUCCGACACCCUGUGGCUUGGACUUGACUUGUGUCCCAGCACAGGAUAACAAUCCUGUUCUCGAACCACGGGCUGAAAAUACCAUAGAGAAUUCUAAUGGAGAGACCACAAAUGAUAACUGUGAUGGGGAUUUGCAGAUAAUAAGUGUCUGCUCUCUUGCUGAAGGAAACACCUUCUAUGAUUCAUCUAUUGCCCACAUGUUUGAUAAUGAUUCCUUGCCAUCAGAAGACAAAUUAAUGUUAGAAGUUAAAAAAGAGCCUGAAGAGCCAGCAGAGGAGGAUGUUGAUACUAAAUCUGUCUUGACUGAAACAUUCACAGACUCGAUCGAUUCAGAAAUGGCUAAAAAGGCAGAAAUUCCAGAACCCAAGAGUGGGGUACUGUCGGGAAGUGCCGACUGCUUGCCGGACUUGGCAAACCCGGGUUAUAGUAUUGCAGCAACUUCAUCAGAAGAAACACCAUAUGCAGAAUUCCAGUCUUCCGGUGUAUCUGACCAGUUGUCUGAUUUAUUAAUGGAAUUCCCUUUUGGCAUUAAAAAUUAUGUUUCUGAGGAUAAAUUGGACCAUGUUUAUUGGCCUGGAGAUAGGGAUGCUGCCAAGGGGGUAACCAAGUUAGAGCCAACUGCUUCUCAAACUGCACCCUUACCUAUGAGCCAAGAAGUGACUGUAGCAAAGACUGUAUCUGUGCACCACACUCUGGUAGAUGGUGACAGCAUGUCAAUGCCUCUUCAUUUAGAAAGCUCUGUAGUCAAGUCAAGCUCCUUGGACAUCAGUCAUGGAACGUCUUUUGCAGAAAUGGUGUCCACCCAUAUCAGACAGAUGACUGUAACUGAAACAGUGACUACACUCCUCAGUGAGGUGAGGACUGUGACUCCUCCCAUUGACCAAGACAUGACUGUAGAGGAGAAUGUGUCUGUUCUGGUCUCCCAAAGUAAGAACGUGGAGGAGACGUUCUCCAUUCCUAUCGAUCAAAUAAAUGUUGUUGCAGAAAGUGGGCCUGUUGCUGUCAAUGAAGAAUUGACUGAGGAGACAGUGGUUUCUCCUAUCAGUCAUGCUUUGACUAUGGUCAAUAGUGUGCCAACCAAGCAGGAAAGUUCUUCAGUGGAGUGCUUGUCCUCCACGGGCAAGCAAAAUUCUGCAGUUCCAAUUCAAACCAAGGCUGAAGAUGAGACCGUGCCUCGUAUGAAUGCAAAUGUAAGUGACCAGUCUGAAUGCGUGAAUAUACCCUUUCUUGAUCAUGCGAAAGAAGCUCUCCAUAUAAAAACAGAAUUCCAAGAGACUUGUGAAGAAACUGAUAAAAGUGCCAUCAAACCAUCCAAGGAACCUGAAUCUAGUGAUGAAAAAUCUGAGACUGUUCUGGGAAAAGAUUCUAAAACACCAGAUCAGAACAUGUUUUGCUGCUUGUUUAGUUGGCUCAAUUAUUCUUAUGGAAGUGCACCAAAGAAAUGCUCUUGUAAGGUACAAGAUGACCAUAAAGUUGUGCCGUCAACACAGGAGUCGGCCCAAGACAAAAGUUCUACCAUUCCUAUAAUCAAAGAGGACCCGUCAAAGAGCUACGCUAAAUCCAAAGCAGAAUUUAAAGCGAGAUUGUCAACAGAGGACAAAAAACCCAAGCAGGAAAAUAAGUCCCCAGUUCCAGAAUUGUCUGACUUGAAAAGGAAGACUGGAAGCCCAAAAAAUGACCCUUCUCCAAAGUGUCUAAACCCUGAGAAAAAACAUAGAGAGCAGAAUUUUGAUAAAAAGUCAAAAUCUCUUCAUUCGUCCAAAAAAUCUGAGAAACUUGUUGUUAAAACAGACUUUUUGAAACACCGUCCAUCCCAAAAAGAGAGAGACCGGUCAGUCGAUAGUCCAUCAAGCAUUGACCAUAAAAUAAAGUCUAGGAUCUCAAAAGAUCCUGAUGUCAACUGUCAUAGUGUAGAUAAAGCAUUUCCAUCCCGGGAGACUCCUCAACACAAGUCUUUAAAAAGGCCAUCUAGGUGUAGCCAGAUGUCUUCUGGACCUGUGAAGAAGCAAAGGGAAUCCUCCAGUGGCCAAAAACGACAAGAUGAUAAACCAAGCACUCGGCAAGAUAAAAAAGUUCUUACCAUACAGGAAUAUUUUCAAAGAAACGGGUCAAAAGACACUCCCAGCAAAAGCCAAGAGCCUCAGCCCACACAAGCAGAUGAAUGUCCAAGACUUGAGAAGAGGCAGUCUCUUGCGGAGAAGCACAAGGCAGGGUUAAGUAGCAAUGGCUCUCGUAGCGUUGCUUCUAAAACCAGGUCUCCAGCAAAGUUUAGAAGUCCCGCUUCAAGAUUUCACAAAGAGCAGCCUGGAGCUCACAAAGGUUCCAGACCCCUUAAGAAAGAAAAAACGAAAUCCAACAUGUCAGGUGGUGCUGAUCUUUCCAAGCAAAGGGACCUUCUAAAGAAACAUUUUAAAGCUCCUGGAUCGCAAAAGGAUAAUAUGGGGAGGACCUAUUCUUCUAUCAAAGAGAAAAUCUACUUGACCCCGUGUGCCCUUGCCGGUGCUGAAUGUCCUUCUCGUGAAGGGAUACGCUUGACCAAGCUAGAGAUCAGACCUUCACCAGAAGAAAAACCGCAUAAACGGGCACGGAGAAGGUUGUCCGAACCAAGUUCACAGGGCAGAGUUUCAAGUUCUUAUAAGAAGGGAGCUGAAUGUCCUAAAAUGCUGGAGUUCAAACUGUGUCCUGAGCUGCUCCAGGGGAUCUCUACCUCACAGGAACGACUGGGAGAAUCCAAGACUGUGAAAGAAAAAUAUACUGUGGAAGGUAUUAAAAGCAAUAAGGAGGCUUGGUACAAAGAUAUUCCAUUUAAGAAGCGCAAGUUGGAUUGCACUGAAUGUGAAGGUGAACCUCAGCCAGACACCUCUACCGAUAAAGAAACCGUCCGUCAGACUCAAGAUUCUAAAACCACCUUUGAUGCCUAUAAAAAGAUGUAUCUGGAGAAGCGCAGCAAGAGCCUUGACAGCAGCCUGACCAAUUAACUCCUCUCCUGUGUAUUUUUAUACAACUCUGCUGGACUUUCGGUAGAACCCAACUGAUAAAGGUCAAUGGAGAAGACCUCCAUAAGUGCAGUAUUAUAGAGCUUGAAUCCGCUCUGAGCCUGUGGUUCUGAUAGCAAUUAAUGUUGUAACCCCAACCCUCAGCUGCCUUAUCUGGGCUUUUAUAUAAACAAAAGUGCAAAUGUAAAAGUCAGAGAGCUGAUUCAUUUCCCCCCACGUCCCCGGUUUCUGCACUGCUUUAAGUAACCGAAACUGGAUUGUUGCAUUUCCUGUACAGAUGUAUCUUUUUUUUUUAACCAAGCCGAGCACUGGUGCUUAAUACUUUGUUGUUGUUAUUUAAUGCUGCUACAAAGAAGGGGGUUCCACCUCAAAUCCUCACUCAACCUCCCCAGUUGCCAAGACCCAGUUUAAGCACCAAUCGGAUGUUUGCUUGUACCCCGGCUGCUCGACGGAAUAUUUGCACUAAAUGUUUACGUUGGGGGGGAGGGGAGUUUUUGUUACAUAUUCUGUUUCAUAUAAAUACAUAUAUUUUUUUAUUUCUCGGAAGUUGAAUACAUUUCCUUCGUGGUUUUUUUUUUUUCUUUCUUUUUGUAAAAGAUUUUGAUUUAUUCUGAAAGUAUUUUUCUUACACGGUUUGUAAAAGUUUCAAAUUGAAAUGUUUUUCGUUAUUCUUACGUUCCGACCGGCCUCGACGAAGAGCUGCUGAUUUUUAUAUAGAAAACCACCGCCGCCCCGUCCUGCAAAAAAAAACUUGUUAUUGCGCAAUAAAUUCUCUUUCCCGAGAGACUCCCCUUCAAUUGCGGCGUUUUCUAUGUUCCUUUUUGGAGAAGCCAGCGGAGUCCUGGAAAGGGAAUUCUUUGCACUGAUAAAUAUUGUUUUAUUGUUGGGGAUUUGCUUGUACAGAGUAAUACAGCUUUGUGCUGUGAGUACUUACACCCACUGUAUAUUGUACCGACAUUUUUUUUUUUUUUUACUGUCACCAGUUGUAGCGGAUACUGUUAUUGGAAUAAAAAGUGGUUAUUGCCUU